UGCAAAAAUCAAAUUAAGACUAAGACGAACACAUAGGAGUACUGGAAUUUCAUACGACAGAAAGUGUACUUUGGCAGAAAUAAUUCAUCUGACUUCGCGAUUGAUGAAACAUCACCAGGAUCCUCAUUCACUUGAUGAUUGACGUUUGUCAAUGUGUAAAAUGCUACGCUGUGCUGGCUGCCCCUAGGACAUCAGCCUCACCACAAAAUAGUUUUCGCAUUUGUUGUGUGAAGUGCAUCGCUUUCACUGCAACAGUUUUGGUUUUCUGUAUGUGCUUUCUGCCAAGUUUGUUCUCAAUGUACUCCACCAAGAACUUUACACUAACCAUAGCAUCUAGGCGUAGACCUCCCUGUCACUAUUAUAUCGCAUGCAAGUAGUAAGUACUGGCUUUUUCUCUUCGUGUAUGAUUUAAAUCGACUUGGUAUCGCAAACUUGAAUAACAUGAUGCUGUUUGAGAGAAUCAUUCAUGGUAGUAGUUUCUGUCGCUAUGCAUUGUGGUCACCCGCCUCGACAUCCUCGCAGAGCGACAAAGUAAUUCUCGGAAGAUGAAGUCGAAUCAUAGAGACAUUUGCGCGAAAAUCGCACAACGCCACGUCUUCCCGAUACUUAAUUCCAAGAGGUUUCCUUGGAGCACAGAGCUAUAUAUAAUGUGGCUCCUUACGCCGGCGAUUUCCAACAAAGGCUAAGGCAAAGUGAACACAAUGCAGAUAAAUGUUAAUGAUUCGACAUGAUUGUAUCAAAAGAUGAAUGAACCAACUUACUACGGCGCUUCGGCUACUCGUUCCGCUUCCGCGGUAGGAAAGGUAGGUAGUUGAAGCCUACUUUCGCCAUCGCCAGCGGACGAAGCUUCGGUUUGCCACACAACGAUCGUUCGAUGGAACAGUAGUCCCUUUCGCUGUGAGCCGAAGUGUGACUCGCUGUGCCACACAAGUGGCUCCGGCUCCUGCAAAAGGGCAUAGUCAUCUUCGUCUGCCACCGCCACGUCUCAAGCCUUGAAUCCAGCUCUUCGAUUGUGCUUGUUUCAACGAACUGGACUUGUACUACCCUCGUCCCUGUAAUUCAUUUCUACGUUUUCUCUCUGCCUUCCCCCGCAGCACACGACGAGCGACUUACCACCAUGGGCAACGACCAGUCGAAAAACGGUGGAGGUAGGAGCAGCGCGAAUAAAGACCCGAGUUCCUCUGUAACGACGUCGAUUUGGAACAACAACAAAACCGACUCGAAAAAUUCCUCGCCCAGCGAUCCCGGGGAAUCCCAACUCGCGACGUUUGAAAAAAGGUUGCUCAAGCACGCCAGAUGCACCGUGCAGAUUCACGACAUGCGGAUACCGCACCGCCCGGGAGAGACCUUCCACUUCGCGGAAUGUAUAAUUUUUGGACUAUUGUCUGCUUGUUUUUACACAAGUAGAAAAAAAAUGUCAUGCACAAGAACGAAUGAAACUAACUACGAAAGAACGUCCUGCAGCUGGUCGUGCACCUCCGUGCAAUACAAAUGCAAACAAAAAAUAAACAGGUCACGGCCGCGGUGGAAUCGGGGGUGGUCUGCCUAUGAUUUUCAUCCAUGGCUAUGGCGGGAGUCUCUGCCAGUACUACCGCAUGAUGAAGUUUCUGGUGGAGCGCUGGGCCGGCCCGCUGUUCUUCCUGGACCUGCCGGGGAUGGGGGCGUCUACGAGAAAAGAGCGGAUGUUCCGGUCCCCGCAUGAAGUGGAGAUGUUUUUCAACCGCCGGCUGCGGUUUUGGUGCAAUACUAUCCUGGGCGAGAAGCAGAAAUUUGUCUUGGUCGCGCACUCGUUUGGGGCGUACGUUGGAACCGCGUUCGCGCACACGGUGAAAGAACGGUACACUCGUGUGCGAGAUGAAUUUACGUUUAUUUGUCAUGCGCGGCUGGAAAAAUCGAUGUCGGUUCUUGUCAUGCUCAACAUGCUGAGUCUCAUAUUCUUCCUGUUCCAGCGAACAUCAAAACGAUCAAAGCCUUCAUUCAAAAUCAAAUUCCAAAUCGAAAUAAACAACAGUAUCGCCGCCCUCGUCCUUCUCUCCCCGUGUUUCGGGUUCCCGAAAUCCCGCGCCCCGGGGGAAGAUGAAAAGGGCGUGAAGGAGCACGCCGUCGAGUUCAUGAUGGACGUGUUUCAGUCCGACGGUGGUCCCUUCGCCACGGCGAAACGACUCGGUGCGGUGGGAGAGUUCGUUUUCCGCAAAGUGCUGCGUUCCCGGCUUUCCGCCGUUCCCCCGGGGCCGGAGCUCGAUGCUUUCGUCGAUCAUCUCGCGUACAUGAACUGCAGCUGUCCGGUGGGCACGGAAUCGGCUCUGACCGCUGUUUUUGGGAAUUAUUUGAUUACCAGACACGAGGAGCCCCUGAUUGAGCGGGUUGAGUUCUAUGAAAUGCAAAAGUAUCGUACUCGUAUAAAUGCAUUACAAAUUUCCCCAGCAUGCGAGAUAAAAUUUGUAAUGCGGAUGGACCCUUAAGAUAAAGAUUUGCAAUGCAUGAUUGCAAUACGAGUACGAUACUUUUGCACAGGAUAAUUUCGACUGUCCACUGAUCUCAUUCUACGGAGACUCCGACUGGAUGGAUCGGCAAGGCGGAGCGUACAUCGGGGACAUCGGGGUGAUCCAGGGUUGCACACACCACAUGCAUCUGGAGUUGCCGCGUUUAGUGACGCGGUGCGUGAUGUACUUCUUGAAGCACAAUCUGGACAGCAAGGGAGUGCAGUCAACACUGCUAGAGGAGAAUCAGUUGCUACGGAGUACAGGAACCGCUGGUGAGCAGAAUGAGGACGAAAGACCCGCCGAAGAGGCGGAAGAGAGGCAAACGGUAGCCGCGCAGGAGCUGCAAGAGCAGGCCGCUGCGGACAAGACACCCUCCGCUUCUGCUUCGAAUGUUCUUACCGCAGCAGGAGAAGAACAAGCAAGCCUAGCCACAGCCACAAGUCCUGGCGGCAUGAUUAACCUGCUAUCUGCUGACAAUACCAGCCCGACGAUUGAAGUGCUGAACACAGAAGAGCAGUGGGACGAAGUGUUGCGCAGAACGCCGGAAAAUGUCCGAAUGAAGUCCACGUCGAAGUCCAUUUCUUCCCUCUCCUCCGAAGCCCUGGCGGAGCGGGACAAAACGGUGUAUGCAUUGCAAAAGUAUCGUAAUCGUACUAGUAUAAAUCGCAAUACAAAUUUUUCCAGAAGGAAAAAUGGAAUUUGUAAUGCUGAUUUCGCUAAGAAACAAGAAGAUUUGUCAUGCAUGAUUGCAAUUAGUACGAGAGCGAUACUUUUGCACAGGAUACGGUGGAUCAGCUGGCGAAACUCUUGACCAACGGGGAUCAAGCAGCGGCGGACAAUAUGGAUUGCAAUAUAUGUCUGGGUCUGGAAGAUUGCAACUUCUCAUGCUAAAUCCGAAUCAUGCAAAAAUCUGUGUUGCUGCAUGAGUGCAAAAAGCUGGCCACUUUCGAACAAGUUGGGAGGUUGUUUCUCAUGCAGGAUAGGCAUGACAGAGACCUCACAGAGUCUGUCAUGCUAGGUCCCGCAUUCUAGACCUCAUGGGUCAUGGAAAACCUGCAUGACAAGUUUACACUUUUCCAGACCCAGACAUUUUUGCAUUUGAUAGACAAAUUUUUGGAGCAAAGGACAGACUCCGAAGACUUGCUCGUGGAGUACAGUAGAAGGCAGAUCAAGCAGCAAUUCGUGUUGGAUAUGAAAUGCAAAAGCAUCGUACUAGUAUAAAUCGCAUGACAAAUUCCGUCAACAUGAAAAAUGGAAUUUGUAAUGCGGAUUUAGGUUAGGAGGGAGAUUUGUCAUGCAUGAUUCCGAUUACUACGAGUACGAUACAGAUACUUUUGCACAGGAUAUUGGAACAAGAGCAGCGAAGUUUUUCUCAAGACGGCGGAAUGGACUCGCAAAGCGUCGCGACCACAGCAACGAUCCGGGAGAAGAAUUUUGGUACGAAUAAUCCUCCUGGUGGUGAACAAUCAACAGGAACGGCUACACCCUCCGUCACCGGCGGUCCUGGAGGUUCUUCCGCGCAGUCCUCUACUUCGCGCGACCCCUACUACGAGACUAGCAGUUCGGUGUCGAGCUCAAGUGACACGCAGACCACAACAAGACCACCACAGGUAGCAUCCUCGGGAGGAUCACAACCACCACUAUUUAGUCCUCCUGGCGAGCCGCAAAUCACGCGCCGGCGGGAUCCAAAGACCGGGAAGCUGAUAGUACUACCAGGGGCGACAACUUCGGAUCUGCCCACGGCGCCAAACGGCAGCAGCGCAUUCGUGGGGGCCCCUGCAGGAGCAGUAGAAUCUGAAUCAUCUACAACAGGAGGGAAGCACGGUACUGUACCUACAACUCGUCGUGAAGCUGCCCUUCAAGCCGUGAAAGACAAGGCCGCAAGCCUGAAAGCACACGCCACGGCUUCUUUAUCACCUGAUAAAAACCGAACAAAAAAAAGUCGCAGUCCGCAGGGAACAACAAGUAGCAGAGCAAAGAAAGUAGACACGACGUCGAAAAUGGAUAAUCAGCCAGACGAAUACGACUCCGCGUCUGACUUCGAAACAACCGACGAACCAUUGAAAGCGAAGAGGAGGAAGUUUUUGAUCCGUUCAGUGCUCUUAAACGCGGAGUUUUCAAACCGAAAUCCAAUAAACGCGAUCAACACGACGCAGCUCUAUAAUUCGGCGUCAAGCAAGGACGGGUCAGAGCCGCCCGACCGGGAAAGUGUGGCGGCGAUGAACAUGGCUGGUAUUCCUCCUGGGUCGACCGACGCAGCGUCGUGGACCCGGAACCAACAUCGAAUGAGACAAUCUCUGACGUCGACGGGGCCUACAGGAAUAUUAAACUCGUCCUCUUCGCAUCAAUCUCAUUCCAGCACAGCGACGACUGGUGCUUUGAUUUCGGCAAACCAGAUUUUACCGGAGGGAACAACUACGGUGAAAGCAACAUCGUCAACGAAAGCCAAAUCUUCAAAUGGAACCUCCACGUCCAGCACACGUCCUCGGGAACAAGACCCUUUCGAAGAGCAGCCAUCUUCCGACGCCAACGCGACUCCGCGCAUCAGGAUGACGACCAGCACCCAGAGCCAGAACGUGAAAAACCUCUCUUCCAUCGGCGGCCCGGAACCGAGUUCCAGUGUUUUCGAACCCGGCGGGGGAGCCGGCUCCGGGGAUGAGGACGGUGGGUUCUUGAAUACUAGCGGGAACAAUGCUGUUGUAAUACCAGGAGGAGGUCCUAUUGGAAGUAGAACAUCCGGCAGUCGACAAGUGUCGCAGCAAGACGAAUUAUCAAAUGCAAAUAUGUCUGGGUCUGGAAGAGUGCAUGUUUGGCAUGCUUGUCUGGCAUGACUCUUAAAUCUGUCAUGCACGUUCGGCAACAGCCCCACUUUUCUGUCAUGCAGAAACGCAGUCUGUCAUGCAGAGUAAGCAACACCUAGAACAGAAGCUCAGAAGCUUGUCAUGCUGAGCCAGCACUUGUGGCCUCCUCAUGAUACGCCACUCAGCAUCACAAGUUUCCAGACCCAGACACUUUUGCAUUUGAUACGAAUUAUUCGAGCACCAGCUGCGGAUGCCGAAGUACAGCAAACGGCCGUACAAGAAUAUCCUGUGCAAAAGUAUCGUACUCGUACUAAUUGCAGAUAUGCAUGACAAAUCCAACUUUCUACCUGAAAUAGCAUGACAAAUUGAUUUUUUUUCUUGGGAAAAUUUGUAAUGCAUUUUAUACGAGUGCGAUACUUUUGCAAUGCAUAAAGAAAAUCAUCAAACUGCGGAGACGCAACCGCGUUUGGUGGGCAAACAACCAGCUGGCGGUGAAUUCCGCGGACAUUCGGGAAUUCAGGCCGGACAAAAAACCGACGGAUAAGGACGCGGGGAACAAUUUGGUGGCUAGCAGCAAGGACGGCAGGAGUGGGUCAUCUUAUAAUGCGGGGAAUUCGAGACUAGCAGGAAGUGGGGUCGUGGGCGGAGCAGGGGGUGCAGCAGAUGUUAAUUAUAUCGGCGAUGGUACCAAUCCAACAGCCGGCUUGAAGCAACCAAAAGUGAUGAUAGAGCCGAGGAAGAUGAAACCACUGUAUGGAACAACUCCUGGUCCUCUUCCUGCAACGACAGGGAAUAGCACAGCGGAGCAACCACGUGGUCCUGGCGCUGCACCACAGCCGGCACUAGACCAACAACAUCGAGCAAGCAACGCCAACGGAAUAAACUCAUCUUCAAAUAACGGCAUAGCGUAUUUUCCGGAGCCACGAAAUAAACUGAAUCCAAACGACCCAGCGGCAAUAGCGGCACAACUCGCGGCGCAGCAGCAACAGCAACAGGUUUCUUGGGGCAAUCCGAACGGGUUUAUCUUGGCCCCGGCAUUGCCGCUUGAUCCACUGGCGACGGUUGGAGUCGGGAACAUUAGCGGUGACGGGGUCCCGAUGCCAUCUUCUGCGACAGGAGGUGCACAGGCCGCCGUGAGAAGCAAGAACAGCACGAGGGGAUAGAAGUGCGCUGAUGUUCGGACUGCGAGGAUGGCGUGCCAACUACAAAGACGAACCGAAGAAGAAGCUUGUUUUUCGGUGAUAAGGAUUGACCGCCGACUUCCAAGAAGAAUGCACAACUUCUGCAUCCGUGCAGCUACAACAGUCAUUUACUGUACCUCGGACAACGACUUUUUGAUGAAGAGAAAUGCACAUUUGUGCCAGCGAAGUUUUUGCUUGAAAUACAAAUAAACUGCAAAGUAGACACGACGUGGAGCGCGCGCGCGUCGCUGGUCUUGACGAAUUGAAUGUACGACUACGACAAUAAAAUGAAUAAAUUCGGUGGAUGCCAUCCGCAGCCUCAGCUCUUCAAGAGCUAAUAUCACUUGGCUGACAAAAAUCUCCUUGCGGUUCUUGUUUUUCUCUGUCGCAAAAAAUGUAGACUCA